AUGGAUGAUGGCAAGAUACUGAUGGAAAGUAGGCUGGAGCUCAGCAGGAAAGCAGAGAAGAGGACGACCUUGGUGUUGUGGGGAGGGCUGGCCUACAUGGCCACUCAGUUUGGGAUUCUGGCCCGCCUCACCUGGUGGGAGUAUUCUUGGGACAUUAUGGAACCAGUCACCUAUUUCAUCACCUAUGGUAGUGCCAUGGCAAUGUACGCUUAUUUCGUAAUGACUCGCCAGGAGUAUGUUUAUCCAGAUGCCAGAGACAGACAGUACUUAUUAUUUUUCCAUAAAGGAGCCAAAAAGACCAGAUUUGACCUAGAGAAAUACAAUCAACUCAAGGAUGCAAUGCUCAGGCAGAGUUGGACCUUAAGAGUCGAGACCCGCUGCAGGUUUCACUGCCCAUCCAGCAAAUUGAAAAGGACUGAUCAGCAACGAAGCUCUGAACCCCGGCGAAAAACCUGUUCAUAGCUCUGCCUUUUAAUUAAAGCAUUGCAGGUGUAAGCUGGGGGAGGUGGCAUGGGGGUGGAGGGUUUUUACCUUAAUCAAGACAAAGGACUGUAGGGGGAAAUCUCUGAAAUCUGAAGAUGGGGGCAUUGUGGAAUGUUAGUUCUGAAAAGGGCUUGGCAAAUAGUCAUGUUUAAAACUGUGUGAAUGGCAAUUGUGUACAAGUACAGGAUUGUGGGGGGUUCACGAAAAAGAAUGUAAUGCUGGGGUAGGGGCGUCUUCUUCCAGCUCUGCAGGGUCUGCCUCUUGAUAAGACACAGCAGCCUGCUUAGCUUUUUAAAUUUUCCUUUACCUGAUUCAGAUCUCUCUUUCUCUCUCAACAACAACAACAAAAAAAAAGGAUAAAAAGAACAAAGAAUCCAAGCCACCUGGAGCUAUGGCUGGUGAUCAGAACUUGCACUCCACCGCCAUUAACGCGCACACUUCUGAUCAGACCUGGUCUCUUUUAUAAAGUUACUACAAGACUGCUUUCUACUGGAAAACCGUGAGCUUCCCCUCCCCAGCCCCACCCCGUGUGCUCCACUGACUUCCUCCUUUGCUUAUUUGUAGCACAGACUGAUUGUAGCCACGUGAGAGAAGGAACAAAUUCUCUUCUGGACAUUUGAUAAUUGAUAUUUUGGAUUAUUCCAUAAUUAUAUAAACUUUGCGUCCCGAUGCCCUUGAGCUCCUUCUAGAAAUCAAUGGCAGCAUUGCAUGAGAGUUUUAUAUUCAGUCUUGAGAGGGCAAUUCCCCUCUUCCUACACCAAAUCUGAUAGCCACCUGGACUAUGAAAUCAUGAAGGUUUAAAGGAUUAUGAAACUGUCUCAGAAUCAGGACUCCUGCUUAACUGAACAGUUUUGGAAUGUGGAAUAAUUAAACUUGAUGUUUGACCGUUUGUGUAACAGGAUGAAAGGUUUCAUAUAUGGUCAGAGCAUUUUCCUUGCCCAGAGGCUUUUCGAAAGCCCAGAGCUCUUACAGUGCAAGACACAGAACUACUUCAGUUUUCUAGCACUUUCCCCUGCUUAAGUAGCUUUAAACGAACUUUGCACCCACAGGUCACAAUUUCUUAGGAGUGGCUAAUGACAUCUUUAGUUCUUAGCUAAAAGAAAUAGAGGAAGGAAAGUCAACCCAUUGCCCUCUCUUCUAGCCAAGGCUGGCUGAUUUCUAAGCAGAUAAAACACCUCUUCAUUCAAAGCGGGUCAGUCUCUUUUUAGCAUCCUGCUGAUAAAUACUGCAGGGACAGGAUGGAGCACUAAGCUUUAUACACAGAAAAGCUGGCUGCUUUUUUGAUGUUUCACUACUACUCCUCACUGUGUCAUGGAAAGAGGCUUCUGUUUUUUUUUUAAGAACCAUGUUUAAAAACAAAAAGAAAAACAAAUUAGUAUUACUAGAUGCCAGGUGCCUUGCAGAUGUGGAAACACAGCUGGGAUUGCUGCCUCUUCUCACUCAAUGGCAUGUUGGACUGAAUGGGUGCAUGUUUCUAGUUUUUUUCUCCCUUCCCCUUUUCCUUUGUCUUUCAAUUUAAUUACAUUGUGUGAUUAUUUUUAUCUGUUUUACCCUGUUUGUGUGAUGGUUUAAAGGGGGAAAAAAAAUGAACACAAUCCUGUAGCUGAAUCCUUGGUGUGUGUUUGGGAUGAGGGAGGGAGCAUGGAGAAAAGUCCUUCUUUAAAAAAAGAAACACAACAAAAAUAAAACCUGAACAUGUGUAAAAUCCUGUAUCAUUUAUGAAAUAUGUAUAAAAGAGCAAUGUACUUCUGGAACAAUAAAUAACUAUUCAAUUUUUGAA